AAUUUAAAUGGGGUGUGCCCACAGAGAGUCAGCCAUAGUAUUUGGGGUCCGCUACAGCUGAGGCUUCGGCAGCAUCCUUGAGCAGGGCUCAGGUGGCUGCAAAUUUAGGAAAAGAUGCUUGGGACCCUGGCCUUGUUGGCUUUGCUCGUUUUCCUCCUGAUCUUGGCAGCUCCCUAUAUCAGGAAAGCAGUUUCCAAAGGAGUUUGUACAUCAACUGUGCAGCUUCCUGGAAAGGUAGCAAUAGUCACUGGAGCCAACACGGGCAUUGGGAAGGAGACAGCCAAAGACCUUGCUCAGAGAGGAGCUCGAGUAUAUAUUGCUUGUAGGGAUUUGCAAAAGGGGGAGUUGGCAGCCAAUGAGAUCCGGGCUAAGACAGGGAACCAGCAGGUGAUGGUGCGGAAGCUGGACCUGUCUGACACCAAUUCAAUCCGAGCCUUUGCUGAGGCCUUCCUGGCAGAAGAAAAACAGCUUCACAUCCUGAUCAACAAUGCAGGAGUGAUGAUGUGCCCCUACUCUAAGACAGCUGAUGGAUUUGAGAUGCAUAUGGGAGUCAAUCACUUAGGUCAUUUUCUUCUGACCUACCUGCUGCUGGGGAGGCUGAAGGAAUCAGCCCCAUCAAGGGUGGUGAAUGUGUCUUCCUUGGCUUUCCACCUGGGCAGGAUCCAUUUUUACAACCUACAUGGCGAGAAGUAUUAUAACCGGAGCCUUGCCUACUGCCACAGCAAGCUGGCCAAUGUGCUUUUUACCCAGGAGUUAGCUCGAAGACUAAAAGGUACAGGGGUUACUACAUAUUCUGUACACCCUGGAACUGUCCACUCUGAACUGACUCGGCAUUCAACUUUCAUGAAACUGAUAUGGAAGCUCUUCUCUUCCUUCAUUAAGACCCCACAAGAGGGAGCUCAGACCAGCCUGUACUGUGCCUUGACCGAGGGCCUUGAACCUCUGAGUGGCAAACAUUUCAGCGAAUGCAGUCCUGCAUGGAUUUCUUCCCGGGGACGGAACAUGACAACGGCAAGGCGGUUAUGGGAUGUCAGCUGUGAUCUGCUGGGGAUCCAGCAGGACUGGUAGAUGGGAAUAGCCCAUCACCAAAGAGUAGCUUUAGACUGCUCAGUUGUAAUGUGCCAAAAGGGUUUCUACAAGGCUGGUUGAAAGGGAGCACAAUCCUUCCACUGAUGAUACAUUUGCCUGCCUGACUUCAGGGUAAUAACCCAAUGCACUGCCAGGUCUUUCUAAGUAUCUUUUAUUUGUAUGCCUCGUCCCUGUCACUUCCAGGGCCAUCAGUAAUAUUACAGGACAGUAAGACCCCAAUAUUACAUGUGCUUAUAAUUCUUUCCUUUUAUUCACCUCUAGGUGAAUGGGACCAAACUAUGGAGAGGGAAGGAUUAUACUGAAAGUUAGCCCUCUUUGACCAUUAUUGGGUAGUAUCUAGUUCCUACCGAGCUGAUCGUUGGGAGAAUAGUUCUGUAAACUUGGUCUGGAGAUCCUUCAUCAAGACCAUAACCAGGUUCCCCCUUUGGCAAAACCAAUCCAAGACUGAUGCCUAGACUCAUUCAGGAAAAUCUUUAUUAAAUCUAGACUUCACUUUGGCUCUUUCCUUUGAGCAGCCUGGAGACAUUGAUACACAACAGAUAAUACGAGUGAGAGGAGGAACAAAUGUCAUUCGAUCUUCAUACCUACGACAGGCUAUUUUUCUUUGUAGUUUUGCUCUUCUGUGUCACUGAGGAUUUCAAAUCAGUUAAAUGACUGGAUCUUCUUUCAGGUGUAUCUUCAUGCAGAUGGUAGGGAAGUGGGCAGCCUAGAAAAGGCUGGGGAGGGAGAUUAUUAGAAGUUGAAUGAAUGGUAGGAGAUAGGGCCGAUUGUGGGGUUAAAGUGGAGGGCUAUAAGGAAUGGAAGAAAACCUGUCUGUAAGACAGAGGAUAAACUAAAAUGGCAGUCCCAGCCGGCACUAGUAUAGCUGGGGAAAGCACCUUCAUACUGCAAAAAAUCAUUUCCUAUGACCCACAUUAAGUCAUACUGAGAUUAUGCACCAUUUUAUUCAAUUUCCAGGCAGCUAGGUGUCGGAUCCAGAGUCAGGAAGAUGAGUUCAAAUCCAGCCUCAGCCACUUGUUAGCUGUGGGAACUUGGUCAAGUCAUUUAACCUCAGUUUCUUCAUGUGUAAAAUGGGGAUAAUAAUGGCACCUACCUCCCAGGGUGUUAAGUAUCUAAUGAGAUAAUAAUUGGAAAGUGUGCAGCAGAGUAUUGCUUGGCAUAGAGUGGUAUGUAAAUAUUGGCUAUUAUAAUAGUAAUUAUUAUUUUAAAGCAUUUGUUUUCCAUUGGGAUUAUGUAGGGAAGGUAGAACUGCUAUUUAUGGAAUUUAGCUUUUUAUAACAUUAAUGUUUACAAAAUAAAACAUGGGAAUUCAGAAGUGUUUGCCUCAACUAUGCAGAGUAUGGUGACUUCCUGGAAUUUGGAUGUUAUUUAUCCUGUACUGAUGUCUCAGAUCUUUAGCUUUGAAGAGGAACAAUUAUGAUGCUAGUUAUGAUUCUUCAUAUUUAAGCAUUUGUCAUCUCUUUCCUUAUUGUCAUCAUCCUGGCCUAGAAAAUGGAUUUGUUGCUGCUGCCGAGGGGGUUUUUCUGUUGUAUGAGGCACUAUGGUACAGCAACUGAAUUAACACUGGUUUUUAACUUAUAUGGAAUGGCCCACGACAAAUAAAAAGAAAUGCUAUUUAU